CAGAGAUAACCCUAGCCGCAAAGGAAGUAGCAUAUGAGGGUUAAGAGCCGGCAACCGGAAUUUUGGGAAAACUCUUAUUCUCUUUCGACCAUCCGUGUGUCACUGGAUUUAAAAGGAAAAUGGCUGGCGUGAGCAGCUGCAUGAAGUAUUCCAUGUUCAUCUUCAACUUUGUGUUUUGGGUGUGUGGCUGUAUUAUUUUGGGAGUCUCCAUAUGGAUGCGUGUAAGCAAAUCUGCUCAGGAUGAAUUGAAGAUAGACGACAGCAUGUUUUCCGGCGUUUACCUCCUUAUCGCUGUGGGUUCCAUCAUCAUGGUGCUCGGUUUUCUGGGUUGCUGUGGUGCCAUGAAAGAAAGCCAGUGCAUGCUUCUUCUGUUUUUCAUCGGAUUACUCCUGAUCCUGCUUCUCCAGGUUGUAUCUGGCAUAUUGGGAGCAGUGUAUAAGUCCAAGGUUGAAGGUGCCAUAAACAUCACCAUCCAAGCCCAGGUGGAUUCACUGAAAAAAACUGGAAGUGAAAACGAGGCAUUUCAGGAUGAGUUUCGUAAAUUUGAGAAAGACAACAAAUGCUGUGGUCUCAUUAAUAGAGAAAAAGACUGGGGACCAAAUGCUGUCCUUAAAGAUGGCUGUGUAUGUCUUCAGGAGGAUGUAGGGACAAGUUCCUGCCCCUCAGGUGGUAAAAACAUGUACACAAAGUCAUGCGGAACUGUAAUAAUUGAUUUCUUCAAAAACCACAUGAUUAUAAUCAUGGGAGUCGCAUUUGGAUUGGCAUUUAUUGAGGUUAUUGGUCUGGUGCUUUCAAUGAGCCUUUACUGCCAAAUCCAGAGAAAAUGAAACCACAGAAGUGUCAGAAAUAUGUCACCAGCCAAAUUAGAAACCUUUGUAGAUUGCAAGAUGGAUGUUUGGUUUGGCACCCUGCCAUAAGUGCAUACAUGUCAGAAGUAGCUGCAAUGAUAACAGCCGGUCCACUGAUGGAUAAAGAUUCUUCAUGACUUGUGAAAUAAAAUCUGCUUAAAAUUAGGGAAACUAA